AUGCGCCCCAUAACGAGGGAAUUUGGUAUAGAACUCACGGAGGAAACCCUUCUAUGCUCCCAUAAUCCAUCCACCACGACACUGAAAGUGCCUUUUGUUCGCCUUCCGUGCACUGUACCGUAUAUAUUUGCGAGAAGGGGUCCAAGUGCUAAUGGCUUCGAGGCAGAACCCAUCCACUAUCAGUCGAAUCCCUUUUUCUUGGUUCCUACUACGGUGUUAUGGAUCGUUACACGAGGAGAAGCUGAUGAGCGGAUACAGUCUGCGCCCAGGAAGAAAGUCGAAUUCCAGUCAUUAAACUUCAUCACAUAUUCGCAUCCAAGUGUCCACGUGGCCGUCUACGGCAACGCCAAGACAUAUCUCUUUGAGAAAGACAGCUAUACCCUAGAAAAUCAGAUCGUGCGGUGCUUGGCGCAGGACCACGGGCGUCGUGCCAAUGGACGACGAGCAAUCGAUAGCCCUCAACGCUCACUUUCACCCCGACGCCCGUUCCGGCCGAUUGCGACUUUUACAUUCUUGCUAGUAGCCUCCAUAGCGACCAUGUGGGGCCCUCAGCGAGGCACGACAGCAUCGCUCUAAAUGAUGGGGCGUCUCCUCUGCAUUCUGGUCAAUAAAGAUGUUCUACAUGAAGCGCAG